AAGUGACACAGGAGCUGAAAAACACUCACACAGAGCAGAUGACAAGACUGCACUUUAAACACCAGACCGAAUGUGACCUGCUUGAGGACAUGAGGAGCUAUAGUCUGAAGAAAGGACAACUGGAGCGGGACUAUGCACAGGCUCUGCAGAAGUUAGCAAGUCAGUACCUAAAGAGAGACUGGCCUGGAAUCAACCCUGAUGACCAGAGAACAGACUAUAGGAAUGUGUAUGCAGUGUGGAGGUCCUAUUUAGAAGGUACAGUCCAGGUGAGCCAGUCCAGGCUCAAUGUAUGCGACAAUUACAAGAGUCAAGUAUCAGAGCCCGCUAAGACUGUUAGACUGUACAAGGAGCAGCAGCUUAAAAAGACAAUAGAUCAGCUGAGCGGCAUUCAAGCAGAGCUGCAGGAGUCAGUGAAGGAGUUGGCCAAAGCUAAGAAAAAAUACUACGACUGCGAGCAGGUUGCCCACGCUAUACGAGAGAAGGCCGACAUCGAGGCAAAGUCUAAACUGGGUCUUUUUCAGUCAAGAAUUAGUUUACAGAAAGCAAGUGUAAAGUUGAAAGCAAAAAGAAGUGACUGUAACUCAAAGGCGACACAGGCCAGGAAUGACUACUUGCUAACGCUAGCUGCUGCCAAUGCUCACCACGAUCGCUACUACCAUACAGAUCUGCUGCACUGCAUACAGGCCUUGGACGGCAGAAUCUAUGAGCACGUCAAAGACUACCUGGUGGCACUUUGUCGCACUGAGCUUGAGGCCUCCCAGGCUACACACAACACGUAUCAGUUCCUUUUGGACAAAUCCACCAGGAUAAUGCAGGAGUACAACCAGCAGUUGUUCAUGCAAGAGAAUCCGGUGUUUCACAAAGCGCACGACUUCCAGUUCCAGCCCAGUGAAUGUGACACGACUCUGAGCUCGGUGCAGCAGUUGGUGGACAUUGAGCCGUCGCCCGUCAGUGCCAUGAGAAUGACCCUGGCACAGAGUCGUCAGCUGGAGUCGGAGUCGGGGACGACAGAGGAGCACAGUCUGAACAAGGAGGCCAGGAAAUGGGCAACCAGGGUGGCCAGAGAGCACAAGAAUAUCAUUCACUACAAGCGAUCUCUGGAGGAGUGUGAGAGCCACGGCUUGCCUCCCACAGAGCAGGGAAGAUUAGAUCUGGAGAUGAAGAUCGAAGACACCAAAGAAAACAUGCGCAAAGCCGAGACAAUAAAGUUGAAAGCUGAAGCUCGGCUGGACCUUCUACGCCAAGUUGGGGUUGCCGUGGAUACCUGGCUAAAGAGCGCCAUGAACCAGGUGAUGGAGGAGCUGGAGAAUGAACGCUGGGCCAGCUACACUUCCCACGACCCCUCACUGUCGGGCACAGUGGACCUGGAGCGUGAAGAGGGUGAAGAGUGUGAGGAGAAUAUGGAGGUUUUUGACGACAGCAGCUCCAGCCCUUCGGGGACCCUUCGCAACUACCCGCUAACCUGCAAAGUCCUGUAUUCAUACAAGGCCUCCCAACCAGAUGAGUUAACUAUCGAUGAACAGGAGAUGUUGGAGGUCAUUGAGGACGGAGACAUGGAGGACUGGGUUAAGGCACGCAAUAAGGCAGGUCAGGUGGGCUAUGUCCCAGAGAAAUACCUGCAGUUCCCGACCUCCAACAGUCUGCUGAGCAUGCUCCAGUCUCUGGCUACGCUCGAUGCUCGGUCACACACUUCGUCUAACUCAACAGAGCCAGAGCUGCACUCGGGCUGCAUAAAUGGAGACACAAAUAUGAUGUAUGUGCGUGCACUUUAUGAUUACGAGGGUCAGGCGGAUGAGGAACUCUCCUUUUCCGAGGGAGCUGUGAUCCGCUUGUUGAGCCGUGACACUCAGACAGACGAUGGCUUCUGGGAGGGGGAGCUGAACGGGCGGGUGGGCGUUUUCCCCUCUGUGUUGGUAGAAGAUCUUACAGAGAAUGGAGAGACCAGCGCGGGAGGGGCAGGUGACACACAGAUCUCUCCUUCUUUGAAACUGCCAUCUUCUCUGCCACCUCUUCCGCUGUACGACCAGCCUCCCAUCAGCCCCUUCACCAGCCCCGAGACUUCCACCCCACCUCCUCUGCCACGUUCCCCUUCCGCUGCUCUUAAUGGGGAGCACAAGCUUCCUCUGCCUGCCUCGUCACACAAAGGACCGCUGUCAGCUCACAAUCAAAGCUCUGGCAGGAGUCCAGUAUCUCCAGGAUUUGCUAAGACUCAGCCGCCAAGAUUCACUCCUGAAGGAGGCCCGGGCAAACUACGACCUGUGCGAGCCGCUCCUCCUCCACCCAAGCAGCACCCCCGCCGACAGCAGGAGAAGAGCGACAAGACGGAGGAGGUGGAGAUCACGCUGGUGUGACAGACAAACAAACUGACAGCCGGUUAUAGGCGCACAAACAGAAAUGAAAACAGAUGAAAAGCAGAUGUAUCCUACAGGCUUGGGAACUGAAGUGAAGUUAAAUAAAGUGAUGUGAAGUAAACUGAACUGAA